UAUCCCGUGUUGCAUCAGUUGCCGCGUCAAUGGACUUACUUGUGUUUAUGAGCAAGCUCGGCGCGAUCGACUGAAGGAAGCGAUCGAUCUGAACCACACUUUCGUGACCCUUUUCAACGAACUCAGUAAAGGGCUGAGUGAAGACGACAAGAAGAAGGUCCAAGAUGUUAUCGACGCAGUGAGUCCUUUGGGUCCAACAUGUAACAUCGAAUUGCUGACCAGACUUCCAGGCAGAAGACGACAUGCUAUCCCCACAGCCGGGUGUGCCCUGCCUUCCAUCUUCCGGUAAACGAACUCGAAAGUCUUCUGUCAACGAAAGCCCAGACCCAGUUGAUCUCACACAACAACACGGUGAAGCGCAUGUCACGGCUUCGGUGGGGUCAAACGAAGACUUGGAUUACCUGGAUGAAGACCUCUUGCGGACUCGCGAGUCAAGGGAGACAGGGUAUGUCGGACAAAAUUCAGAAGUGCAGUGGCUGCGUUCCGUUCAGCGUCAGUCACAGAGCAACGACGGCCAAUCUUACGGGCUUCCAUACGGACCACCCGGUAUUGGUAAACACGCCGGCGAUGAGCGCUCAGAGGCACUCCACCAGCGCAGAGAGAAGGGAGGGCAUGUACCGAUCCGGCAUAUCACUGAUGCUACGUUCUAUCUCGACAGUGACAAUAUCGAACUGGAAAUUGUCGUCAAUCCGUACGAGCUUCCCGAUCCUGAGAUCGCCGAGCAGCUUCUGCAUUGCUACAUGAGCACGGUCCACAGUACAUUCCCCGUAGUACCUCGGAGCUUCGAGGAUCAAGUGCGUAGGUUUAUCUCCGCACUAAAGCAGAACAGAGCAUUUCAGGUACCAGAUCGCUGGCGGGCCUUGAUGAAUCUGAUUUUCGCAAUCGGCGCAAAGCACUCUCACUUGACCAACACGGGGUGGCAGGGAGACGAACGCGAUCACCUAGUCUACAUGACUCGGGCAUCUCACCUUCUCGGCAUGAAUAGCACCAUCAUGUUCAUUUCUGCGCCGGAUCUAUUGUUGGUCCAAGCAACUGCUGUUUUCUCCAUUUACUUUCUGGCAAUUGGUCAUGUAAGCCGCGCAUGGCUCAUGGUCGGUAUAUCGAUCAGGCUUGCCCUAGCGCUUGGUCUGCACCUACGGAACGAAGACCCUGCUGCAGAUUCAACCAAGAAAGAGAUGCUACUACGGACUUGGUGGAGUUUGCAUUCGAUAGAAUGUCUGGCCAGUUCCAUCACCGGCCGCCCGCCCAUUAUUUCGAACGAAGAUUGCACGGUUCCUCUGCCUGCAGCUAACGUUGGUGAUAAACAGCCUGCUAGCAAGCGACGGGUAUCUAAUCUCGCUAACUCAAGAUCCCAAGAAGCGAGUUCGCAGAUCGGCAACUCGGUUGGCUCAGACGAGUAUCUCGUGAACACCAUCAAGAUUGAACUUCUUACGCAGAGAGUCUUGACCAGUCUAUAUGCGCCUCGAACUGCAGCUCGAUCUUGGCAGGUAUGUCACACCGAGACAUUGGUCUUUAGCGUCCAUCAGACCCUCAAAGGUUUGCCCCUUCCGUCGAAAUUAUGCUUACUCCUUUUGCCGCAGAAUGUCCAGGGCAGGAUCAAAGAUUUGCUCCAGGACCUCGAAGAGUGGUCUUCUCAAGCACUGAGUGGCGCGAAGUCUCCAAGCGGCUCACAACAGCAAGGCGAAGUCGAACGUGAGCAUCUUCUCCUUCUGAUGCACUACUGGAGCACCAAGAUCCUCAUUACACGCCCCUGCUUGUGCCGAACAGAGCGCCGUAUCCAGAAUGAAAGCGAUACUUCUGCUGCGUUCAAUGUGCAGAUGGCCAACAUCUGUGUUACAUCGGCUCGUGAGAUGAUGGCCUUGUUUCCUGACGAACCUGACCUGGAUUUCGUAUACAUGAAGGCACCUUGGUGGAACGUGAUACACAUCAUUAUGCAAUGUGCUGCUGUCUUACUGCUUGAAGUGGGAUAUCAAAGCCGCCAAACGAAGGACAACAACGCUUCAAUCACUGCUGAUAUCCAAAAGCUGAUCAACUGGCUGCAGGUAAUGCAACAAAACGACCCUGUGGCAGAACGAGCCUACUACGUAGUGCGCCGAAUCCUACAGAAUGUUGCACCGGUUCUUCAGGAGAAGGCUAUCGAGCUACUCGCCGAAAGCGUGGCAAGCAGUGCUGCAGACAUGCAAAUACCUAAGCGUCCUGCCACAGCGUAUGGACGUCAAAGCACUAGUCUCGACUGGGCUCAGGGAAACUUCUUCGAUGGCUCAGCUUCAGCGACUGGCCACCAGUACUAUGCUGAGCGCACAGAUCAGAACUACUAUGGCACUGGGCAAUUUCCACAAGAUGUUUCCCCGUAUGGAAGCUUUCCACUCGAGGAUCUUCAACUGUCUGGUACUUUCGGCAAUCCAUUCGUCAACAACUGGGAUGAGGAUAUGCCGUUGGCAGGCGUGCAAAACCCAUGGCACAAUCCGUUAACCUCCUCUACCGAUCAGCAGGACGACUUGAGCAACAUGAACCUCUACCCGGUUUCGAAUGUGGACCAAGGACAUCAACAAGGACAAUAGCCACGUCAACAUGGGCAGUAGCACUACCCACAGCAAUCACCUCAGAGCGGCACGCAGCAUGAGCAGCGGCCAUCUCAGACCUGGCCAAGUGUUUGCGUUGA